AUGUCUUCCGCCAUGGAUUUUUGGGCUUUGGGAUUUGCUACUUCCACUAAGAAGCUUUCUGGUGAGUCCAAGACUCAGGAGGAGGAGGCGUCAAUGGAGAAGGCAGACAACGGUAAAGUUGCUGAGGCUCUGCCUGCUGCUCCUGCCGAGUCUGCAUCUGCCAAGUCCAUUGCCAUGUCUUCCGCCAUGGACGUUUGGGCUUUGGGAUUUGCUACUUCCACUGUGAAGCUUUCUGGGGAGUCCAGGACUCGGGAGGAGGAGGGGUCAGUGGAGAAGGCAGACAACUGUGUAGCAGGUAAAGUUGCUGAGGCUGCACCUGCCAAGUCCAUCGCCAUGUCUUCCGCCAUGGACGUUUGGGCUUUGGGAUUUGCUACUUCCACCAAGGAGCUUUCUGGUGAGUCCAGGACUCAGGAGGGGGUGCCAGUGGAGAAGGCAGAGAAUGGAGGUAAAGUUCAUAAGGCUGCGCCUGCUGCCCCUGCUAAGGCUGCAGCCGUCAAGUCCGCCGCCAUGUCUUCCGCAAUGGACGUUUGGGCUUUGGGAUUUGCUACUUCCACCAAGGAGCUUUCUGGUGAGUCCAGGACUCAGGAGGGGGUGCCAGUGGAGAAGGCAGAGAAUGGAGGUAAAGUUCAUAAGGCUGCGCCUGCUGCCCCUGCUAAGGCUGCAGCCGUCAAGUCCGCCGCCAUGUCUUCCGCAAUGGACGUUUGGGCUUUGGGAUUUGCUACUUCCACCAAGGAGCUUUCUGGUGAGUCCAGGACUCAGGAGGGGGUGCCAGUGGAGAAGGCAGAGUAUGGAGGUAAAGUUCAUAAGGCUGCGCCUGCUGCCCCUGCUAAGGCUGCAGCCGUCAAGUCCGCCGCCAUGUCUUCCGCAAUGGACGUUUGGGCUUUGGGAUUUGCUACUUCCACCAAGGAGCUUUCUGGUGAGUCCAGGACUCAGGAGGGGGUGCCAGUGGAGAAGGCAGAGAAUGGAGGUAAAGUUCAUAAGGCUGCGCCUGCUGCCCCUGCUAAGGCUGCAGCCGUCAAGUCCGCCGCCAUGUCUUCCGCAAUGGACGUUUGGGCUUUGGGAUUUGCUACUUCCACCAAGGAGCUUUCUGGUGUGUCCAGGACUCAGGAGGAGGUGUCAGUGGAGAAGGCAGAGAAUGGAGGUAAAGUUCAUAAGGUUGCGCCUGCUGCCCCUGCUGAGGCUGCAGCCGUCAAGUCCACCGCCAUGUCUUCCGCCAUGGACGUUUGGGCUUUGGGAUUUGCUACUUCCACUAAGGAGCUUUCUGGAGAUAAAGUUUAUAAGGCUGCGCCUGCUGCCCCUGCUACCCCUGCUGAGGCUGCAUCCACCAAGUCCAUCGCCAUGUCUUCCGCCAUGGACGUUUGGGCUUUGGGAUUUGCUACUUCAACCGAGGAGCUUUCUGGUAAAGUUCAUAAUGCUAAGCCUGCUGUUCCUGCUGAGGCUGCAGCCGCCAAGCCUGCGACUCCUGCUGAAGCUGCAAAACCAAAAUCCAAAUUUGCUGCUAUACCCGCUAAACUUGAGAAUGAAUCUGAUGACGACGAGCCUGGAGAGGAUAUGUCUGUUGAUCAUGAUGAUGACAAGAACUGUAGCUGUAAGCGCAAACAGGAAGGCUUGGAUCGACAAGACAAGAUAGAUAGAACGUGGAGUGGGUGUACAUAA